AUGAACUCGUCUUCCGUCCACGCCUACCACGCAAAAAACACCGUCAAGCUGCAGCUGAAGGAGUCUACGCCCGGCUCGCAGAUCCCGUUUGCAGGCCUCGUCACCUCCACGCCAGAACUCCGGGACAAGCACCGGUUUAGCCUGCAUCCGCUGCUCUUUAACAGCGUCCUCCAGAACAUGUACAUUGGCCAGGCCGACUUCUCGAAAGUGCACACCGUGUACUACGGCCGCCGGAUCAUCGAGUCGACCUAUUUGCCCGGCCAGUUCACGCUCGAUUACCACGUGGACCCUGAAGAUCCCGAGGUUUUCGCUCAACGGUCUGCGGCCACACAGCCCGAAAAUUAUCCAAAGCUGCAUCCCAGAACCAGAUACUACACGGAGCAGGAAAUAGACCGGGUGCACAAAAAGUGGCAGGAGAACACGCUUCCGAUAGUGCUGGUGUUGCACGGGCUUUCCGGCGGCUCGCACGAGCAGAAUAUCCGCUCGAUCGUGGACCAUCUGGAGGGCACCGCCAACGUGGCUGUUCUCAAUAGCAGAGGCUGUGCGCGGUCGAAAAUCACCACUCCGACGCUGUUUUCGGGCCUGCACACCGACGAUCUGCGGCAGACCGUGCAGGAUCUGCGCACACGGUUCCCGGACAGACAGCUGCAUCUCGUUGGGGUCUCUCUUGGCGGCCUGAUUUUGAGCAAUUAUCUCGCCGAGGAGUCGGAGAAGUCGCUGGUCACGAGCGCGUUCACCGUUGGAGCUCCGUGGAAUUUGCAGAGCGACAUGGAAGCGCUGACCCGCUCGGUUGCUGGCAAAUACAUGUUUGAGCCGUACAUCAGACAGAUCCUGUUGAGAGUGCUCAAGUCGAACAUCAAGGGCUUGAAAGCCAACCCGGACUUUGACGAGCAGGAGUUCCUAGACUUAUACAAGAACGCCACACACGUGUCCCAGAUCGACGACCGCUACACGUGUCGCGAGGCAGGUCUUCCUUCGGCCUCCACGUACUACAUGGCAGCGUCUCCGCUGAUCAGAAUCUUCAAGAUCAAGACUCCGAUGGUGAUUUUGAAUUCGCUGGACGACCCGUUCCUCAGCUGCAACUACCCGGUCGCCGAAGUGCAACGCAACCCGUAUCUAUACAUGGCUAGCACCGAUAAGGGAGCACACUAUGCGUAUGUGGACCCCAAGGGAGACAUGUGGUACUCGCCGGUCAUCAAGAGGUAUAUCGAGUCCUGGAAGGACAUAAAGGACGUUCGUCCGGACGAUGGCGGCUUCAAUGUGAAACAGACCAAAUUUAAAGACGCUAUAGAUUUAUAUUGA